ACCAUAUCGGGUAGGCAGGCAAGGCAGGCCACUAAGCCACUAAGCUCUCAGUCCGUGAGUAGCUGCGGUUGUGAAAGGACGUACGCGCUCGUACCCCUCCUCUAGCUUACACUGUGCGCUUUGCAAAUUCUACAUUUGAAGAUGGGAGGCCAAACUAACGGGACCUGGACCCCCACCAAGAGGAGGGGCCCCAUUGCUGCAGAAUUCUCAAGUCCGGGACCAGCCGCCAUUGCAUUGAAAUCCGGAAUUGGUUCCGGAGGCGCCACAAAGAGUCGACCCCCAGCCUUCACCAUGGCGUCACGUCAUGAACCUAAGAAUGAGAAGGUGGGACCUGGACCAGGACAGUAUAACGUCACGGGACUCUCCAAUAAAGCAGGCAAGGAUGAACCAGCCGCAGCCUCCAUGCAUAUUAAGCCAAAGGACCCUAAGGUCUACGUCACUCCUGCACCUUGCGAUUACUCUCCUGAAAAGGCGGAAAGGAAGGUCAAUGAGGCGUCUCCAAGCUUCUCCUUCGGGGUUAAGGCAGAUCCCGGGAAACCAUUUGAAGCCCCAGCCCCGAAUAGCUAUUCCAUCCCGUCUCUCCUCGGCCACACGAAGGAAGGAGCUAAGCAUUCAGCUCCGAGUUUCACCAUGAGCGCACGUCCCAAGGAUGCCGAGGAUAAGAUGAAGGUGCCAGGACCUGGCUCUUACGAUGAAGCUACUGUAGACAAAUACAAAACAUUGAAAAGUCCUUCCUUCAGCAUGGGUCAGCGUACUACUAUCCCGUCAGAUCACACCAUGAAGCCGGGGCCGGGAGCUCAUUGCCCUGAAAAGGUAACUAAUGUGAAUAUUCAGCCAUCGUUUGUGUCCACAGCCCCGAAUAGCUAUUCCAUCCCGUCUCUCCUCGGCCACACGAAGGAAGGAGCUAAGCAUUCAGCUCCGAGUUUCACCAUGAGCGCACGUCCCAAGGAUGCCGAGGAUAAGAUGAAGGUGCCAGGACCUGGCUCUUACGAUGAAGCUACUGUAGACAAAUACAAAACAUUGAAAAGUCCUUCCUUCAGCAUGGGUCAGCGUACUACUAUCCCGUCAGAUCACACCAUGAAGCCGGGGCCGGGAGCUCAUUGCCCUGAAAAGUGCUUCAACGACGGUGGCCCUAAGUUCACUAUGGCUGCAAGACCAAAUGAAGCUGAGGAUAAAAUGAAGGUUCCAGGACCAGGAACUUAUGAUUCAGGAGACCUGGACAAAUGCCGGGAAAAAAUGCCUGCAUACACGAUGGCACCGAAGACAAACCUUCCAGUAGACAAUAGUCCUAAACCUCCUCCCAACGCUUAUUCUCCUGAGAAGUGCUUCAAGGACACCGGUCCCAAGUUCACAAUGGCACCGAGACCAAAUGAAGCUCAGGAUAAAAUGAAGGUUCCAGGGCCGGGAACUUAUGAUUCAGGAGACUUGAAUAAAUGCCGAGAGAAAAUGCCUGCUUAUACGAUGGCACCAAAGACAAACCUUCCAGUUGACAAAAGUCCUAAACCUCCUCCCAACGCCUAUUCACCUGAGAAGUACAAUCCUUCGGGCCCAAAGUUCACCAUCGCACCCCGCCCGCUCGAGGAAACGGAUAAGAUGAACAUCCCUGGCCCCGGGGCGUACGACGCUGGCGAUCUUGACAAGUGCCGCCAGAGUAUGCCAGCUUUCACGAUGGCACCAAAGACGACCGUGCCCACUGAUCACACUCAAAAGCCAGCACCCAAUGCCUACUCACCCGACAAAUCAGAAACGUCGGAGCAGAAGACGACGCCCCAGUUCUCUUUUGGGAUCAAGCAUUCUCAAUAUUUGGGCAAGCUGCGAGACCAGUAGGAUUCAUCAUGUCAGGCCCAUGGAAAGCUACACGCACACCCGGUUUUCCUAGCUGAUAAAGAAGUGUGGUUUUUGCUCCCCCUCCCUUCCCAAAACCAUUUGAACCUGCCGUAUCGUCAGUAAUAUAAUUAUGUUGUGUUUUUGACUAGAAACAAUUUAUAAGGUCAGAUUCACAAAAUAGUAGCAAACAUAAUGGAAAUGAUAUUUUUGUCAAUAAUUCUAAAUGAAAUCUAAGGCUUCCAUGUGUAAAAGAGAACGUCAGUACACUUUUAUCAUCUUUCUGCCGUACACAGAAACAUCACUUUUGUACUUUUCAUUGUAAGAGCUGGAAAUCAUUUCGUAGAUAUAAAAAUGAAAUCUGGUUUUAAUACUCAUUCUUGUUUAAAGCGAUGGACCUACAUCAGUGACGACCAAGUCGAUUUGCUUAAUAUAACUUAUCACACCAGGCAGCUGACAGCAUAUGGUGAUGUCUUAAUAUCGACUCUAUGCAUUUUAGUGGCAAAUUUCUACCUCGGAUAAAGUUCUUUAUUCAGUAGGAAAUGAUCACUGACUUCAAAUACAAUAGUUUCAAAGUCUUUCAGUAUUGUACCUGACUAAGAAAAAAAUGACAUCAUACGAAUGGCCAAAAAAAAGACAAGUGUUAUUUCGCAUGUGUUGUGGCGUUGUCAUUCAUCGCCUUCAGAAUCACGAAUCAAAAGCAGAAGUGACUCAAUCGAAAAAUGCCGAAAACGUGUUUAGAUGCAUUGGUAGGUAAGGAU